AUGAGUCGAACGAAAGCGACAGGAUUUUUCAAUGACCCUGAAACAGAUGAUACUCUCCAGAACAUAAGGCGCGAGUAUUUGGCAUCCAAGAAAAAUCUACAAGAACUACUGGUCACCAGUCCCACAGGAACAAGAACGCGACCUGUUCAAGUACCCACACCUCCAACUGAUGGCCCACUUUUUAAUAGGUCCUAUAGCAAUGAUGAUCGUCUGCGGCAGCAGCUAAGAGAAGGGUUGCAGCAUGAAGCCCCUGUGUCAGCUUCAUCUUUCCGCUCACUACCGAGAAACCCAGUACCGAAACAUUACAAUGAAGACGACAAUCUGCGAAGAAUGGUGUAUGAUCAGCAACGACAGAUUGAUCAGCUGCAGCGUGGCUUGGAUACACAAGGAGCACGAAAUUUGGCGUUACAAGACCGCCUUUACGUUUUGGAACGCACCAUAUCCAAACUGGAAGCCGAACUUUCUAAAGCCAGACCACAUACUCCUCACAUAGAUCAGGCUGCUGAUCAUCUUCCCUCAAGAUUCGCCCAAGCACAAGACUUUCAGGAUUCCGAAAAUACAAGGGUGCUAUUGAACCUGGACAGCGAAAAGCCAGCCAAAAGACAGAUUUCCAAUUAUGACGACAGUACUACGAAACUUCUUCAAUUGGCCCAAAACUCGAACCGCUGGUAA